AUGGAAUACAAUGUCCUGUCUUCACUUGCAUUAUGUAAACAAAAACGUCGAGGACGUUUAAAUGAAAGAAAUAGUAAAAGACGUGCACUUACAAAUAUUCGGCGUAAUCUUCUUGAUACAACGCAUUCUGAAGUGUGUGCUGCGUCGUCGAACACAUUAAAUACACAGGUUGAUAAUAGUUUUAAAAAUUUAUCAUGUUCGAAUUCGAAUAAUGUGAAUUCCAAUCAUUGUCAAAUUUAUAAAUUACAAAAUUUACAUUCAUUUGAUAAUAUGCCAGAAUUGUCUUUUAAUGAAACUGCAUCUGAUAAUAUAAGUGAAGUGAGUAUUUAUGAACAAGAAAAUAAUGAAUCAGAUGAAUAUUUUGAUCUUUCUACGUUUUUCAAUCAUCCUGAUAUAUCACUUCAUGAUUCAACGAAUGUUACGAAGGCUGAAUACUGUAGAAAUUUACUUACUUUAUUUCGUGAUGCAAAUGUUUUUGAAGACUUGUUUGUGAAGCGAUCAAUUUGUACAAAUUGUCAUCAAGAUCUAAAUUAUCAUAACGACAACGUUAAAUGUACUUUAACAGAAGAAAGAUUUCGUACUGAUAUUUAUGAUAUCGAUGCUAAAGUAGCAUUUUCUCAUUUGAUUAAUCUUUUAUUUCCUGAAAUUACCCAGUGCAAACAAGAAAUUGCAUUACAAUCAUUGAGUGAAUACAAUGAUAUUCCAUCAUAUCAAACCAUCGAAAAACAUUUUCUAAAAGUCUAA